GUACCACAGAUCUGGGCCGAGAAUUCCGGGCGAGCCGGCCGGCGACUCCCACUUCUUGCCGAAUUCCAUCGAGCCUAUGGACUCGCAGGAGGAGGCCGUGGUAAAGCUGAACGUGGGCGGGGUAGUCUACACCACCUCCAAGUCCACGCUCCUGUCCUGCGAGGGGAUGCUCGAGAAGAUGUUCAACGGCUCUCUGAGCAACACCAAGAUUGACGGCGCCUAUUUCAUCGACCGCGACGGCCACUUAUUCCGCUAUGUCUUGGAGUACCUGCGCAAUCGCAGCGUUCAACUGCCGGACUCUCACCAAGUCCGGCAGCGGCUUCUGCAGGAAGCAAACUUCUUCUCUCUGGGCGGCUUGUGCGAGGAGCUGCAAGUGAAGCUGCUCCAGCGCGAGGUGCGCGUGGAGGUCUUCGUGGAGAGGUUCAUGUGCUCGGAAGAGGCGUGCAAAUGCGGAGCCGGGCAGAAGAUCGAGAUCAGCGCACUAGAAGGGCUGGCGUUCUUCGACCUGGAGCUGUCAUACCCACGGCGCGAGCAGCGCCCGGACUGGACCUCCCCGUCCGCGGCCUUGCGCAUCACGCUGCAGCAGAGCCCGGAGCAAGCCAGAGAGGACAGCCUCAAGCGGGCCUUGACACAGCUGCGCAGCGCAUUGGUCGCCUCAGAAGUGAGCGAGCAGAGCGCGGAGGAAAUCGUUUCUGAGGCUACAUCGCCAGUGAGGAACGUGCUCAAUGAGAUAGCGCAGCACCCCGAACUUGUCUACUUAGACUGCUUCGCGCGCGCGGAUGAGUACAAGGUGGGGGAUCGCUUUGAUGUGGGCACUCAGUACGUGCACUACGCCAAGUGUGUGAAGAUGACUUUUGCGUCUGAUACCCAAAGGUGCGAACAGGCUUAGAUGCUAACACGCUGGCUCACGCGGAUCACGCGGAAGAAAUCCUCGGUCAGACUGGAUGCGAUUCGAGUCCGGGUCGACCGCGCAUGGCGAAGCAGCGAGUGAGAGGCUGACUCGCCAAAGCUUGCGACAGUUUCUGGCACAGGGCACUGGCAACUCAGCCACGGCACAGGCUGGCACUAACUCGGCCAUGCGACAGGAGCCAUGCAAAACAGCAUGG